AUGAGCACAACCGGCAUGCUGGACCUCUCGCGAGGGACCGUUGGUCUCUGCGUCCUCAUCGUGCUCGCCGUCUCCACGCUCUCGAGGUUCUUCCUCGCGAGCCGCCGGCCCAGGAACUUCCCGCCAGGCCCUCGGACAGUCCCCUUCCUGGGAAAUAUCACCCAAGUACCGAAAUCAAAGGGCUUCCUAAAAUUCCACGACCUCGGGGCCACCUUCGGCUCCAUCAUCGGCCUCAAACUAGGCUCCCAAAACUUCGUAAUCCUAAACAACUACAAACACGUACGAGAACUCUUCGACAAGCGCGGCUCAAUCUACUCCUCCCGCCCCCGCACCUACGUCGCAAACACCCUCGUCUGCCCGGGCGACAUCCACCUCCUCCUCCUCCCCUACGGCCCCGCCUGGCGCGUCCAGCGCCGCGUAGUCCAGUCCCUCCUCGCCGUCAACCGCGUCGACGCCGUCCUCCCCGUCCAGGACGCCGAGGCUACGCAGACCCUCUCCGACCUCCUCCGCGACCCGGCGGGCUACUACGACCACGUGCGGCGGUACACCACCGCCGUCGUCCUCGCCGCCGUUUACGGCGUGCGCGGCGCCCGCUUCGACUCGCCCAACGUGCGCGCUCUGUACGCCGCGCAGGACGAGUUCACCGCUGUGCUGGAGCAGGGGGCCACGCCGCCGGUAGACGCGUUCCCCUUCUUGAAGAUGGUGCCCGCGGCGCUGGCGGGGUGGAAGAGACGGGCCGCGAGGGUGAGGAGGGAGCAGAUGGGGUUGUAUCUCUCGCUGGUGGCGGGGACGAGGGAGAGGAUCCGGGAGGGGAGGAGCCCGGAUUGCUUUUUGGGGGAGAUGCUGAGGGAUCAGGAGAAGAAUGGGUUGGAUGACGAGCAUUUGGCGUACCUGGCCGGGAACCUGAUGGAAGCCGGCUCCGAUACCACGGCUUCGACGUUACUAUCCUUCCUCCUCGCGAUGAUCAAGUACCCGAAGGAGUUCCGUAAAGCACAGGACGAAGUCGAUCGGGUCUGCGGCACCCUGCGGUCCCCGACGUCAGAAGAUAUCGGCCGUUUACCCUUCAUCGAGGCGUGUAUGAACGAGACCCUCCGCUGGCGCCCCGUAGCAGCCGGCGGCGUCCCGCACAUGCUUACACAGGACGACACGUACCAGAACUAUCACCUGCCCAAGGGCACCGUCCUGGUCGCCAACACGUGGGCGAUCCACCACGACGAGGACGAGUACGAGAACCCGGCCGAGUUCGCGCCGGACCGCUUCGUGAGGGAGAAGUACGGGACGCGCGACCCCGUCGACGAGAGCGCCGACGACCACCGGCGCGUGCUGUAUGGGUUCGGCGCGGGCAGGCGGGUGUGUCCGGGGCAGCGGCUGGCGAGGAACUCGCUGAUAUUGAACAUGGCCAAGAUCGCGUGGGGGUUCGAUCUCUCGCCCGGGGAGGGGGAGGUCGACGUCGACGUCGGCACGGCGUACACGGACGGGUUCCUGAUCGCGCCCAAGAAGUUUCCGAUCACGAUCCGGCCGAGGUCCGAGAGGCAUGCUGCGGUGAUUGAGGAGGAGCAGAGGAGGGCUGAACCUUUGUUCGCAAAGUACGCGGCAUGA